AUGGCUUCAACUAAUACUAGCAGCAUUGAACAAUACAAUACUAUCUUUAACAAUUCUGUAUAUUCAUUUUGGUUUUAUUUCGUUACUAUCUGUAGUAUUCCUUCGGUAGUUUGUUUUAUCUUUGAUUUUUAUCAAUUUAUAAAACAUCGUAAAACUUUAAUAUAUGAAAAUAUAACUCAUCAUAUUAUUCUUUGUUUACUUAUUAAUGAUUUUAUUCAAGUUUUUAUCAUUCAACCAUUUACAUUAGUUUAUUUUUAUUUUGGACAUAUUAAAUAUUUCUAUAGUGUAACUUAUUGUAUGUUUUGGAUAUAUUUUAAUUAUACUUUCAUUAAUCAAUCAUUAAUUUUUACAGCAUAUGCAUCAGUUGAACGAUAUCUUCUUUUAUUUCAUAAACAACUGAUGUUACGACAUAAAAUUCUAUUUCAUUAUAUUCCUUUACUAAUUACUAUUGUUUAUCUUCCUUGUAUGUUGUUUUAUUUAAUUUUUUUAUUUCCAUGUACACAUAAUUUUGAUCCUACUCAAUAUGAAUGUGGUGCACCAUGUUUUGCUCAAUCACAACCAAUUGGUAUUAUUAAUCAAAUAAUACAUUUAUUCAUUCCGGUUACAGUUCUUGUUUUUUUCAAUAGUUUUAUUCUUAUUAGAGUUUUGGCACAAAAGAAACGAUCUGCUGCUGCUGUUGCAGGUUCUUUAUCGGCUAAUUUUUGGAAACAAAAUAGUCGUAUGAUAAUACAAUUAGCGACAAUAUGUUUAUUAGCAUUAGCAGUUUGGAUACCAUAUGUAACAUCUCUUCUGAUUCAAAUAUUUGGUGAUCGAGCAUUUGGUGGUUCAAUAAUCUUCUUUCAUAUUAUCAAUGCAACUUAUAUACCUAAUAUUGGCACACCAUUCUUUGCUCUCAUAGGAUUUCCAGUAGAAAUAAGAGGAAGAAUGCGCACUUGUAUCACAUAUUUAAAAAGAAGACAGCAACGACAAAAUCGUAUUGCAAAUACGACAACUGCAACCUGA